AUGAUGAUGAUGAUGAUGAUGAUGAUGAUGAUGAUGAUGAUGAUGAUGAUGAUGAUGAAUGAUGAUGAUGAUGAUGAUGAUGAUGAUGAUGAUGAUGAUGAUGAGGAUGAUGAUGAUGAUGAUGAUGAUGAUGAUGAUGAUGAUGAUGAUGAUGAUGAUGAUGAUGAUGUGAUGAUGAUGAUGCCCACACUAGGACGAAACAGCCGUCUAGUGCUUCCAGAUUUUCCAUGA